CGCCCUUGCCUUCGAAGAUGAGCGAAUUGCGGUCCUUCCAGAUAGUCUAACACACCCACGAGAUGAUAUUGUCGGAGAUUCCACUUGGCGGUAGGCAUAUGGCUGAUCGGAACCGGACCACUGCAGUUUUGAAAGUGUAUGUGACAGCUAUGUGCACUGUUUCUUUUAGCGGGAUUCUGCUCCAGAUCUUUUGUGCAAACGGACACAGGAAAAAGAUAUGGAUAGGAGAUUCAAUACUCUUGCACCGAGGGCAUUUGACUUCUAUGGUGACUCCUCUUCUUUGGAGAUUUUCUCCCAGUGGCAGGGCAUCUUGGAGAAUCGACCAAAGGAAAGCUUUCAUCUUGGGUGAACAGCAGAAUAUACUCCUGAAGGAAGCGGUUGCCAAACGUAGCUGUCCUCUACUCCUCUCUGGCUGGGUUUUAGGCAUUGAAUCUGAUCAGCGAAUCCAGGUCGGGAUUGCAGUGAGAACCGAAUUCAGCAUUGUCAGCUUUCCAGCUCUCGAGAGACAGCGGGAAGACCAGCUUACCGCUCUUUGACGGAUCCUAUCUACAAUGGAUGUAAACAGGUCUCGCUUCUUCCGUCCAAAGUGUUCUGGUACUCCAAGAUACUUUCCUUCUCCUCCCUCUUUAUGAAUUCCAAGAAUUGCUUUGGCUUCUUCCUUCAUCUCCACAGGAGUUUUCUUUGAGAAUGUAACCGCUGAUUUACUCUUGUUUAUUUGUUGGCCUGAUGCUUCUUCAUACAGUGUGAGAAUUC